CCUUCCCAGCCAUGGCUGCCUCUGUCUCGCUGCUGCUGCUGCUGCUGCUGGUGCCGGCCCUGGGCAGCUUCCUUUUCGCCUUCGGGACCGGAGUGGAGCUGAUCCGCUUCGUCUCCCUGCGGGCCCUCCUCCUCCAGCCGCCAGCCGGGCCUGGAGCCUCUUCCCCGCCCAGAACCGAUGCUGCUACUAGGCUUCAGUGGGGAGCUGCCCUGAGAGACCCCAAAGUUCUUCACCCCUUGUCAGUAGACAUGGGCUUGAUAGUCCUCUUCAUCCUGCAACACAGCCUUAUGGCCACUGACCGUGUAAAACGCUGGACCAGCAGCUGCUUUGGAGUCCUGCAGAGAUCUUUCUAUGUCUUUUGCACAGCUCUGGCCCUCCAGUUGCUUAUGAGGUUCUGGCAACCAGUACAAGAUGGUCCUGUCCUCUGGAAUACAAGCACUGAACCUUGGAUCACUUGGGUUCCACUUAUCUGCUUUAUUCUACACUUCAUUGCCUGGCUGGUCAUCUUUAGCAUCAUCCUCAUCUUUGACUAUGCAGAACUGAUGGGAGUUAAACAGGUUUACUACCACUGCCUGGGCAUGGGGGAUCCUUUGGCAGUGAAGUCCUCACGAGCCGUCCGCCUCUAUGCCCACCUUCGCCACCCUGUGUACCUGGAGUUUCUCCUCAUCCUCUGGGCCGUUCCUUGCCUCUCCCUCGACCGCCUGCUGCUUGCCUUGCUUUUCACAGCCUAUCUGACCUGUGCCCACAGCCUCGACCAGCAAGACUACCUCUACCUCCGAGCCCAACUGGACAAGAAGUUCCAGGUCUUUUCCCGUGAAGAGGCAGCCUAUGGUGACUUGUUGGCUCAGAAUGGCCCUUCAAUCUACAAGGAAAACUGAAUGGGUUUGGUCUGUAGGAAAGACGGUCCUAAUUUUGGCUUCCUGGGGCCUGUGGCUUUAGUACCUCGCAUGCAAAGCACUGAAUGAUGCAUUGUGUCUUACCUUCUUUUUCCUUUUGUGCACUCAGGAUUUAAUAGUGAAACAGUUAUGGCUUCCAGUGUGCCCUGCCCAGCUAUGACUCACUCAAAAACAAAGUAUGUAUGCCGAGUUGGAGUAUUUAUUCCCACACUAAAGCAUGAAGGUUAGAAGCUUGCCUGAGAGAGGUGUGAUCUUGGGAAGCCUGGGUUCUACCCCAAUAAAAUCUUUGGAGGAAACAAUCAGUAGAGGAUUAUGGAAGAUAUGUUGCGACCAGAGAGUUUUGACCCCUUCCUGAGAGAGAAAAGUGAGAGCUAGUGAUGGCUGAUACGUUUCUUUCUUUUUGCUGGAUGGUUCUUUUGCAUUUGAAUAUUGCCUGGUAAGCAGGUGGCUCAAAAAACAAAGUCUUCCUUAUCUUAAGCAAAGCUGAAUCUGCUGGAAUUUAGUGACUGUAUACAUCACAGCAGCUUUUCCAGCAUGAGGGAGAGAGAAAAAGAAGCAAACUUGAACUUCUCCAAUCUUGAGAAUAGAAGUGUUAAACUUCAGCCUGAGAGAACAUGGUUUAAUUUAUAGAUACAUGUUUCUUUUUUAAAAAAAAUGCUGAAGCAUCUUUUUAUAUUCUAAUAAACACUAACUAAAUUUUUAUUGCAGGGUUUAUGCCAAAAUGAUUUUUGAAGCACAGGAUUUUAACUUUGAUAAUAAGCUACCAUUCCUUAAAAAAAAACCUUAACAACAACACCCCCAAGCAGAUUAGAAAAGUGGGUUGCUAUGGUGUUCUUAUACUAUCCCCCCCAUGUAAAUAUAUUUCUUCUAAGGCAUUUUCUUGGCAAAUACUGUAUAGAGAAUUAAUCACCCAUUUGAAUGCUUGUUCUUCCAUCAAAUUAUGUCAUUCUUAACUAUUCCAAAGGAAUCUUAAUUCACAGCAGAGUUGGGCAAGUGCAACCGUCCAGAUGCUGCACUGCAAUUCCCAUCAGUUCCCUAGCCAUCACAGCCAGUGCUAUGGAAUACUGGGAGUUUGAAUUCUGGAGGGCUGUCCAUCCUGAUUCAGAGGUUGGGACCUACUUGGGUCAUAGAGAAAAAUGAGUGCCUUAAAAGGAUUCCUUUCAAAGCCCCUUCAGCCUUGAUACAGGGAUAGGGAAUGCGCAUCCCUCCAGAUUUUGUUUAACUAAAAUUCCCAUACAUUGGCUGUAACAGCUAGAGUUGAUGGAAGCUGCAAUCCAACAAUAUUUAUAGGGUUGCUCCUUAUGCCCCUUAUUCUUAAUGUAAGACCUCUGUGGGAUGGGUUUUACCCACAGGAUGAGUCUCAUUUUCUCUCAUCAGAAUAAUGGGAAUAAUCCAGAGGUACAAAAGUUACUUUUUUAAGACAGCAGCUCCUGGUGGAUGGGUGAGUUCCUCAGGUAAAAUAGCCAUUGUUUGAGUAUAGAUAUAGAUAUUGCUUUGUCAGGCUUUUGUCCUGGGAGUUGUGAUUCCUAGAUUUGAUUCUUUUGCACUGAGAGUAUAAACGCUUGCCACUGUUCAUCCCAGAGACAAGCAUCUUUUUUUAAAGACAGGAUUAGAGAAGCUGUGACCCUCCAAAUCUUGUCAAACUCCUAACUGCCAGUAUCCCCUGGCUGGAGCUGAUGGGAAUUAUAUUCCAAUGGAGGCACACACAUUUAAGAGCUCCAGAACAGAGUAUUGCUUUUUUGUCCCAGGAUUUAUUGUAUUCUGAAUAAGCAAUAGCAAUAGCAGCUGCAUUUAUACACUGCUUCAUAAUGUACUAAGCAGUCUCUAAGUGGUUUACAACUGUAAGCUAAUUGCCCCCAAUAAGCUGGGUACUCAUUUUAGCAACCUCGGAAGGAUUCAAGCCUGAGUUGCGCUUGAGCCCUGGCUAGUACUGAACUCGCAACCUUAUGGUUUUGAGUGAGUGGCAGCAGUACAUGCAUUUAACCACUGCACCACCAGGACUCUUCUAAGUGGUCUUCCCUAACCUAGCGGUUAUAAGGAAACAAUGGGAACCCAUCACUUCUAGAUGUUGUUAUCAGGUAUGGAAGCAGACAGGCAGAUCCAGACCCUGCACCUUCAGAAAUCUCUUGGAAGGGAGAUUUAGUCACAGGUAAAUUCUUCUAUCAAUGCUAGCGGCAGCUGUUGGUUUCUACACUUUUGGUUAACAUGUUAGAGCGGCCCAAGAUGCUGAACUCUUGUCCCCAAAAUAGGUUCAGCACAUUGGAUAACUUCUUUAAAGUUCUCUGUAAAAUCCAAAAUGGAUUUAUAGCCCCUGGGGUGAGCAGUCACACUGAUUGUGUGAUGCUUUGAAUGAAACAAGUUAUAUCUUGGGUAAUUCUAUGAAAUAAAGAUGCAGGAGGCAUUUCAGGAACUAGACCUGGAACCCCUAGUAUUGUCGGACUCUAGAAUCAUGGUUCCUGCUGGGCUGUACCUGGGUAUGGAUGACACUUUUCGCAUUAACCAAUAACCCAACGCCAAGGCUGACAUGCUUUUAUUACAGCUUUUUUUUAAAAAAUUGUAACCCAAUGCCAAUAAAGCAUUUUUUUAAAGUU